CUAUCGACAGUCAUAUCAAAAUUCGGUCUGACGUAAAAAAGGAGAACAUUGUAGGCACGGUGGGCAGCCACGUUACUAAUGUGUUAGCAAGAUACGGAGGUCAUCAGCUGGGGGGUACUAAUGUGUUGGCUCAGCGAUGUGAUGUCAGGUAUGCUGGGACGAGGACUAUAAAGUGCGUGAAGAACAAGUGGGAUGGGCACUAAACAGAAGAUACACGACAGCAAUGGCGUCCCCAAAAAUCGUACUCGUCACAGGCGGCAACAAUGGCAUCGGCUACGAGACCGUCAAGGCGUUGCUGCAGUCCGACAGAGCGUACCACGUCCUCCUCGGCAGUCGUUCACUCGACAAGGGCAAACUAGCUAUCGACACCCUCCACCAGGAAUGUCCAGAGCUGACCAACACGGUCGAAGCCGUCCAAGUCGACCUCACCAGCGACGAGUCCAUCGAGAAGGCGUUCGAGCAGGUAAAGGCCAGUCCAGGGCACAUAGACGUCCUCAUCAACAACGCUGGGGCCGCCUAUGAUGGCCGAUUUAUGGAUGGCAAAGUGUCGCUCCGCGAUUGCUUCACGAAGGCCUACGAAGUGAACGUUGCCGGCACACAGGUCCUGACGUGGACAUUCAUGCCGCUCCUACUCAAAUCCGCCGACCCCCGACUCAUCUUCGUCGCCGGCCUCUCCCAGAUCACGGCAGCAAGUGAGAAAUACUUCCCCACGCCGCCUCAGCCAGCGGGGUGGCCGAAGGAUAUCGACUUUGAGACGAUCGGGUACCGCUGCAGUAAGUGCGCGCUCAACAUGCUGAUGGUGGACUGGAACCACAAGUUGAAGGAGGACGGGGUGAAGGUGUGGGGUGUCGGGCCUGGGUUUCUGGCUACGAAUCUGGGAAGCAAGCCGGAGAAGGUGAAGGCGAUGGGGGCUGGGCAUCCGAGUAUUGGUGGGAAGAUUCUUAGGAAAGUUGUGGAGGGGGAGAGGGAUGCCGACGUGGGGAAGAUUGUGGUCGAAGGCGGGAUUGCGCCAUUUUGAGGUGGGACGAGAGGGAUGGUGUGUUUUCUUGGAUGAAGUGGAGAGUGUAUGAAUAGCGUGCUGUUAUCGCGUCCUCUUCCAAG